AUGUCCGGAUCAAGGGCAAGCAAAGGCUGUGCACAGUGUCGAAAAAGAAAGGUCAAAUGUGAUGAAACAAAACCUUCCUGUCAAAGAUGCUUGAAACGGAAUGAAGAUUGCAGCGGCUACCGCGAGCUUACAGCACCAAAAUUUAUCUUCAAGAAUGAAAAUGAGAGGACGGCUAUCGCGUCUCUGCGGAAAUCACAACCCGCGACCAAAUCGACUACAUCGACUUGGACACUUUCACAAGCCCGGUCAUCAAUAACAGCGAGUCCUUCUGCGUCGCUCCCGGAAGAAGAGGUUAUUCAAUCUUCUGAUCUCCUAUCUAACAUAAAUCUCAAUCCUACACCUUGGCUUGUUCCGAGUCUUACAUCCACUGACUCAUCCACAAAACUGGAAGAGAAGAAUGUAAUUGAUUCCUUCUUUAACAAAUACGUUCUUCCUCCAUGUACAUCGACUUCGACCCCUGGGUUUUUGGAGUAUCUACCUAUGCUCUUUGAGGAAGUACCUAUUGCAGGUCGAAUUUCACUGCGUCACGCUGUUCGUGCAGUUUCUUAUGCUUCGCUUGCUACAUCUAUGCCCAAGGUUUCUCCGGAAGUGAAGGACGUCAGAAGACGUGCGGAUACAUAUUAUGGUAAAGCACUCAAAAGCUUGAGCGAAACGUUGGCAAGCGAGAAAGAUGAAGAGAAGGUUAGCGAUUAUGCAUUGAUGACUGUUGUGUUAUUGGAUUUAUUUGAAUCCAUUUUCAUCCCAAAUCCAGAAAGAUGUGGCUCUCACACUGAGGGUAUGGCGAACAUCUUGCGAUUGCGAACUUCAGACCAGUUGCGAACCCCUCGAGGAUGGAGUCUAUGGAGAUUGAGCCAUCAUCGUAUCCAGCGACAACAGCUAGCUUUCCCAGACGACUUGGCACCAUGUCAAAGUCUCGAGCAAGAAGAGCUACUCUCACAACUCAACGAAGAUGUGCCAGAAAACAAAAUCGAAAAGACAAACUUCGAGAUUGUCAGAAUAUGUCGGCGGGCUAGGCAACUGAGAGCGAAGUUAACUCUCGACACGAGUGAUCAUGAUGUGACGGAGAUCCUUGAUGUGAUUGGCGAGAUGCAUAAACUCGAGGCUGAAUCUGUUGCGUGGAGAGCUGGUCCUUGCUGGGCAUACAAAACAGUUCCUACCGCUUCUCUUACCACAUCAGAUGGCCAAUUUCUGACCGAAGAAGAGCUGAGAGACUGGCCGGAGAAGGUAGGGCUGUAUCCAGAUCUAUGGAUCAUCUACGAACUCAAUUAUCAGCGAACCGGCCGACUGCUUCUACAUACCCAAAUCUUGGAAUGUCUUGCUUUAUGGAAGACAUCCGAUGUUGAUCAGAUGAUCAGCUACUCACAAAACAUCAUCACGGAGCUGGUGGAGGAGAUCCUCCAAUCCGUUCCACAAUCUCUGGGUGACGUUUCCAGUAAUGGUUUCAUUAUCAAAGAAUCACUUCUUUGGAAUCCUGCUGGUAGUCCCGGGACAAGUGCUAUCGGUGCGUACUUUUUGCUUUGGUGUAUCAAGGUUACGAAAGAAGCGGUGUACGCGAGUGAAGAGCAGAGAUCUACAGCGAGAAAAGUGUUUGGAAGGAUUAGAGAUGUGACUGGGAUGAGGGAACGGGGGCUUGGAGAAGAUCUUUAA